UUGGGCACUGCACCUAUAAUGGGCACCCCGUGAAUAUAUUGAUAAAAUAACGUUACUGUGCUUUUAGUCACAAAAAAAAGUAGUGCGGGAAGUAACCUUGAAUCUUGGCUUGCCAUUCAUCUAAAUACCGCCCUCAGUUUGACUGUGAAUUUUGCCGUGUGUGGUUUGUUGUAAGCGGUUGUGAAUUUACGCGCCAAAAUAACCUCAAAUUAUUCGAUUUACUAAGAGGAUCACUAUGUCGUACAAGAAGUACUCUGAAGAUGUAAUCAAAUUAGCCAUACAAGAAGUAAGGGAAGGAAAUUCGAUAAAAUCAACGGCCAAGAAACAUAAUAUAUCACGUCCCACACUUCAACGGAGGUUAAGGACAGAUGUUUUUGUGGCAACACGCAUGGGUCCCCCCACUGUUUUUUCUCUCGAUCAGGAGCUAGUUUUUGUUCGCUGGAUCAAGGAGAUGGCUAACAAAGGUUUCCCAGUGACAAAAGACACAUUUAUGUUUAGCGUUGCUAAAACUGCAAAAGAAUUAAAUAUCACUUUUGGAGAUGGAAGCAGUGACCCUGGAAGGAAGUGGUAUGAAGGGUUUAUGAAGCGCCACCCUGACGUUUCCACUCGUACCAGUCAAAACUUAACAGUUCAGAGACGAGCAGCAACUCAGGCAGAAAUAGAAAAAUGGUUUCAGGAGGUUCAACAAUAUGUAAGUGACAAUAAUUUGAGAGAAGCAUUGGAAGAUCCAAAAAGAGUUUUCAAUUGUGACGAAACUGCAUUUUAUCUCAAUCCGAAGCCUGGAAAGGUUCUGGCCGCAAAGGGCUCUAAAUCUGUAUACACGGCAUCCGGUGGCGAUGAAAAAUUAAAUUUAACUGUGCUCCUUACAGCCAACGCAGCUGGAGAACUUGCUCCACCGAUGAUUGUGUAUAGGUAUGUAAGAUUACCGCAAUUAAUCGUUUCAGCCAUGCCCCCGAAUGGCCCAUUGGUAGGUCAGAAAAUGGAUGGAUGACCCAUGAGACAUUCUAUGAAUACAUAGUAAAUUUUUUUCAUCCUUGGCUGACAAAUAACAACAUCGCACGGCCCGUUUUACUUUUUAUGGAUGGUCACAAGUCCCACAUCUCGAUGCCAUUGGCUACCUUUUGUGCAGCCAACGAAAUUGAAC